ACCUGCCCCAGACGAAAGCGGAAGAGAAGCUGGAGGAAGAUGAUCAGCGGACAGCAGACGGCAGGGGGGCACUAAGAGACAGAGAGAAGCUCUGUGUGUAAAUGAUAGAGUGAUAGAGUGAUAUAGUGAUAGUUCUGAGACAGAGAAAGGAGGAGAGUGAGUUUACAGUAAUGAGAGCGUAGCUGCUCACAGCGCGAGACUGAGAGAGAUGGAGGGAGUGAGCUUAACACACACCGACCGACUCACCACCCCCUCCUACACCGAGAACCUCAUUGGCACACUGCUGGCUAUCUUUGGAAACUUGCUCGUCAGUAUCGCCGUAAGCAUACAGAAGCACAGUCAUGUGGUGCUGGCGGGCACUAAGGAUCAGAGGCAGUUCUACAGGACAAAGACGUGGUGGGGUGGGUUUGUGUUGAUGCUGCUGGGCGAGGGGCUGCUGUUUGUGUCGUAUGCAUUUGCCCCUCUUUCUCUAAUCACCCCCCUCAGCGCUGUGUCCGUUAUAGGCAACUGUAUUCUAGGAUUUCUGUUUCUGAGGGAGAAAUGGAAGCCAAAGGAGUUUCUGAAGCGCUAUGUUUUGUCGUUCCUCGGCUGUGUGUUAACUGUCGGAGGCACAUACCUUUUUGUAACAUUCGGACCAAACUCCCAUGAGCAGCUGAAUGCAGAAAACAUUGUCAGACAUCUGAUUGGGUGGCCAUUUCUCCUCUACCUGCUGCUGGAGAUUAUCACCUUUUGCCUGAUCCUGUACUUUUAUAAACAGCGCAAUGCUAACUACCUUGCGCUCAUUCUGCUGCUGGUGGCGCUGCUGGGUUCUGUGACUGUGAUCACAGUGAAGGCAGUGUCUGGUAUGGUGGUCCUCAGCAUACAGGGAUCUCUGCAGCUUACCUACCCCAUCUUCUACGUUAUGUUCGUCUGCAUGGUGGCCACUGUUGUUUUUCAAGCUUCUUUUUUAUCGCAGGCGUCUCAUUUAUAUGAUUCCUCCCUCAUCGCCUGUAUUAACUACAUCUUCUCCACUGUGUUUGCUGUCGCUGCAGGAGCCAUAUUCUACCUAGAGUUCAGCCACGAGGAUGUCCUGCACAUCUGCAUGUUUUUACUGGGAUGUGUUGUGUGCUUUCUUGGAGUUUUUCUGAUCACCAAAAACAAGAAGAAAGCCAAAGCAUUCGAGCCUUAUGUGACCAUGGACAUGGUGAAAGGUGUUCCCACCAUUCACGAGAAAGGCUGGGCGGUUCAGCCGGACUAUAAUGGCUCUUUCUCCUACGGAGCGCUGGUGAACAGCGACACUGUGUCUACUGCAGCUGUACCAUCAAUGAAGCAAGAGAAUUUAGCCAUAACCCCUGGCCCAGGUCUUCCAUAUCAGACCACAGACUUGAAGAAAGACUGACCACACUGCGGGCUCCAUGAUAAAGAAUUACUGAAAAGUUUUACCAAUGCAUUAUGCAACUAACACUAGCAACCAAUAAGCCUGCUGUCAUUUGCGUAAUGCUGGAAGGUGGUGGUCUAUUUUUGUUAAUUGUUCGCAAUGUUACCCUGUCUCUAGGAAAAAACAACCGCACAAGAUUCUCUUCACCACAUCAACAUCUUCUAGAACGUUUUUAAAAGAUGUUUAAGCUAUUACAGAAAAAUAUGUAGUGUUCCAAGAGACCUUUCUUGAAUUCCUGGAUUGCUCUUAAGUUUUAAGGCUUAUCUGGAAUUUCAGACUAUCCCAAAACUCCAGUUAAGGCAAGAUGUGGAACACCACUCUGGACCAUCAGGGUGAUUGAUAUAGACUCAAGAUUCUUCUGCUGCUGAAGAACAGACUUCAUCCUACCCCGAUAGAUUCCCUCUCAGAGUGCUGGAGUUUGGCUUCCAUGUGCAUCGUUACUGUAAACUUAAACUAAUAGAUGUUAUAAAAUAUGCUAAUGUGGCUAAUUGAAGCUAGUAAUGUAAGGAAGCAUGGAGUCAUUAGCACAAAGCUAAUUGAUAGCCAUUUGCUUUCAUUCACUGUUAUCAACUUUAUCCUCUUUUUGUUUUGAUUAAGCUGUCAUUUUAAAAUGUACACUGGGUUUUAAUCACAGCCAAAGAAAGCUCAACCCUAGCCUAUAUUAACUUACUCUGACAAGGAUUGUGGAUGGAAAACUGUGGAAGAGUGUACGGUAAGAAAAUCUGAGAAUUUUUUCCAGACUUUUUCCAAAGAGAUUUUGAGCCAAAGUUCACUGGAGAAAUCGUUAUACAAAGCUGGAAAAUGUAACUGUUAAGAUGUAUUUAGGUUAUUUAUCUGCUUUAUUUGUUGUGGGAUAUUUAGUAAACACCCUUUCUGAAGCACAACCAUUCAUCCCUCAACAUUGUAACCAAUAGUUUUGGGAUUUUCUCUGUUGGACCAAUAUGCUGAACAGAGCUGGUUAUAGUAUAAUUGAGUCUAUAUGUUAGGGAUGCACAGAUAUUGGAAUUAUAGGCCAAAACUGAUAUCCAUAUUUGUUUAUGCUCGUGAUCUGAGCAUGGCAUUGCAUUAACAUCUCCUUUUUAUAGUUUAUUUUCCCACUUUUAUCCUCAAUUAUGGAAUUUCCCCGAUUGGGAAUGAUAUCGUUAAACAUCACCAGUGGAGCUCAACACAUUUUAAGGAGAAUAUUAGUGGCUCUUUUCUACUGCAUGGUACAUACACUCUUUAAAUUGACUCUGCUCAAAUUUUUAAGUUUCCAUUAGGCAAAUUUGGCACCCAAUAUGUAGAAGCUCAUUUAUGGUUCCAAUCAAAGACUAAAAUAACAAUUCUAAAUCUUGCAGAGCACUGAUUGGCCAGAGAGAAUCGUUACCUUGUGGAACACAAAAAGCCACAAACUCUCUUCUUUACUCCACUUUUGGUUUGUAGUGACAGUGUUUUGUGAUCUGGUACGAUGCAGUGAAAAAAUGCCAAAAUGGAGGUAGGAGAGUUAUAAUGAUCUGGGCCCAAUCCCAUUUCACCCCUUGGCCUUAUCAGUUAGCCCUACUACUCUGUUGUGCGCAUGCAUGAUUAGGGGUAGUGUGUCCUGAUUCUUGUUAGGCUGAAGGGGGAGGGGUAGUGGGAAGUGUUAGGGCUACAUGCCCCUUCACACAGAAGCACACUCAAAACAGAGGGCUAUGAGAAUAAUGGCCAAGAUGUGACCAAAGAAACCCAGCUGUUGAAAAUUAAGAAUGCCACUAUAUUACCAUAUUUUAAUGUGUAGUUUCAGUGUUUUAUGUCCAUUUUGUUCAUAACAAGCAUAAGCAUAUUAAUUCUACUUGUAUCUCUGUUCCAGAGGAGGAGCUACAAAUAAAUGUUUUUGGGCCUUAAACUCCCAAAUACAGACGACUGUAGCAUUACCUGUAACUUGAACCUGUGACCUCCCAAUGACAAAACCAGCCCUUAGACAGCUGGGCCACAAAAGAGCUGAUACUAUUGUGGUUCCAAUUUCAUUGUGCAUCCCUACAUUAUGAUUUUAAUUAAUUUAUGUAAAAUAGUGUCCAAUAUGUAUGUUUAUUAUUUAAUGCAAAUGUUCUGCAAGGUAAGUUUGAAGGCUAGUUUGAAGAUUCAGCAGUUUGCACAAAUAUGAAGGAAAAUACGCUGAACUCAAACUAACGUUUUGCUUUUAAAAACUCUUUCUGUUCACACAUUCACUUUUUGUUUCCUAGUGCCCAGGUCUGCUAUCUGCUGUGUAUAAUAUGUUUGGGUUUAAAUAACCUGAAUUUAUUGAUGAAAAAUGUUGCUUUUGUGUUUUGUAAUCCUGUAAUUUGAAGGCAGCCUCUAGUCUUGUUCUCCACCACACAUGUUCAUCUCUCUUUGCUUUGACAUACCUUAUGAUUCAGCUUAUUAAAGUGGCUAAUUUCAGACUAUUCAUUUGAGAGUAAAGUCUCAAAGUAUUUAUGAAGCAGAUCAGAAUGAGUGUUUAGGAUCUGUUGUUGUGUGUGUGAUCAUCUUAAUUAGAAUAGGAAUCAGAUCCAAAUCUAGCUCUCCUACUCUGAUUAGUCUGGGUUAUUAAAAGGAGCGUUCCAGUCUAAGGCUAGCUUUAAAAUAGGACUUUUGCUUUAUGCAAUUGGAAGGUUAAGUAAAAUAAUAUAAAAAACAUAAAACUACUGAAUACUGUGGUAUUGUAGAAACACCAUCUCUAUAUAUAAAAACUCUUUAGUGUAAUCAUUUACUAAAAAACCCAGCAGUUAAUUUUUUUUUUUCAUUUUUCCCCCAAUUUACACAGCGAAUAACCCAACCCCCCAUUACUAGUGAAAGACUAGCACAUGCCUCCUCUGCUAAUGUGAAGUCAGCCACCGCCUCUGUUUGAACUGCUGCUGAUUCAGCAUUGCACAGUAGCAUCACAGUGCGCUCAGAGGAAUAAGCAGCGACUCAACAUCAGCUCACAGACGCCUUGUGCGGAUAGACAUCUUUAGAGUGAUGUGGGGAGAGAGCGCCAUCUACCCAACCAGAGAGAGCAAGGCCAAUUGUGCUCUCUCAGGGCUCCUGUAGACAUGGCCAGUCCAUGAACAGGAUUCGAACCGGUGAUUUUCAUAGUGGCAGCGCUUAGCCCGCUGGACCACCUGGAGCCCCAAAACCUUUGUCACAAAACUACCUUAAAUUAGAUUAGAAAUGCUUUGGGUUCCCCUCACUGACUGUAGUGUAGCUACAGAGGUGCCUGGUGUGGAUAAAAAAUACAUUUUUAUUCACUAUUUAAACUGAGAAAAGUAUUUUAGACAGCUGCCCUUAAAUAUGGUAGUGGGAGUGUUUCAGAAGCUCGUCCCACAUUACCAUACUGUAAAAGGGUAGUAGACAUUAACAGAAGCUAAACAGAGCAGCAAUGGAACUAUUUUAACUCGCAGAGUAUUUUAAAUCAAGAUCUUUUAAUUAAGAGCGAUAAUUGAACUGUUAUAAUCGCAAUAAUACACUCAAGGUUUGUGCUAUAACAUGUAAUAUUGGCACUGCUGUGAUGCGGUCGUAGCCACAAGGCUGUAGGCUGCAGACUGCAGGGAGUGCUAUUACACGUUAUAGCACUCCAUCUCAUGUAUUAUUGCUUGAUCAUACUAUAUGACAUCUUGUACCUGUUCUCCAGUUGCACCAGUACCCUCUUUAAUGGAUGUUUCUUGGCUCAGGCUGGACUCUCAGCUCAGUCGGUCUAUUCCAAACUGAACACUGUAAGCAGAACACUGUCAUCUGCUCCAUUUCUGCCUUUAAAACAAAACUACUGUUCUAUUCCUGAUCCCAGACUGUACUGUAUGUAUGUUCAUGUGACUUGUACAUUUCUACCACUGACUUAAACAUUUACAUCUGUAUGUUAUAUAUGUGUGUAUACUGCUGGGUUUAUGUGCUGAGAAUGAGAGACUGAAGCUGUGAAACAGCGCAGGAGUGUGGACGGGUCGGGUGCAGCCAAAUAUGUUCUUUCUUGGGCAUUUCUUUCUUUUCUUUAGGGGCCUUAUAAUAUUUUUAAGAUUGUAUUUGAUGUAUUUUUUCCCUGUGCCUUUAGUGGGAGCUUGUGUAGUAUAAUUAUUUAAUGAAUUCAAAAUGUAUGCAACUAUUUAUGGAAUGUAUUAUACUGUAAAUGCACGCAGCUUGAGGCAGAAGGUUGUAAAGAGAAAAUCUAAUCUUCUCAAACAUCUGAUUGACGAUGUCCUUGCGAUACACCGCGUUUGUAAUAGUUCUUAAGUCUGUGUAACAUUUAAAGGUGUAUUUACUCAGAUCUCAGAUUAAUAAAAUGUGCUCACCUGUG